UGCACAGCCAGUGCCUGGGGGUGAAAUGAAACUCCCUUUCAUCUGAGAGAACAGGGCCAGCACGCACCUCAUUAGAGAGCUAACCUAAAAAGUGAAAAGGUGGACUUUGAAAGGGAGAGGAAAAGGAACCGAUUUUUUUUUUGUUCUGUGUAAAUAUAUAUAAGAAAAACGUGUUGCAAUGUGGCGCCUUCUCGUUUUCUAUUUUUAUCUCCACGCAGCGGGCAGCUUGCCGGUGCUUCCUCAGUUUUCCCUCUAUAAACACCCACACCUGAAUCUGAGCCACGUGCUCCCACUGGCUGAGCCCAGGCAGCAACAGGAGAGCUCGGAGAGCAAAGUGGAGCGUCUGGGCCAGUACUUCAAGCGCAACGUCAGGACGCUGCGGGAGAAGAGCCUCAGCCUGGACCUGGUGUUCCUGGUCGACGAGUCCUCCAGCGUGGGCAACAGCAACUUCCUCAGCGAGCUGAGGUUCGUCAAGAAGCUCCUCUCGGACUUCCCCGUGGCGCCCUCCGCCACGAGGGUGGCCAUAGUGACCUUUUCCUCGAAGAGCAACGUGGUGACUCGGGUGGACUACAUCUCCUCUCCUCAGCCCCACCAACACAAGUGCGCCCUCUUCAACCAGGAGAUCCCCGCCAUCAGAUACCGGGGAGGUGGGACCUACACAAAGGGAGCCUUCCAGCAAGCCGCACAAAUACUGCGACAUUCGCGGCAAAAUGCGACGAAAGUCAUAUUCCUCAUCACGGACGGCUAUUCCAACGGAGGAGACCCACGACCCACGGCCGCAUCUCUGCGCGACGUGGGAGUGGAGAUCUUCACCUUCGGGAUAUGGCAGGGAAACAUCCGGGAGCUGAAUGACAUGGCCUCCCACCCCAAGGAAGAGCACUGCUACCUGGUGCACAACUUCGCUGAGUUUGAGGCGCUAGCGCGCCGAGCCCUGCAUGAAGAUCUCCCUUCCGGACGCUACACGCAGGAGGACGCCGCCCGCUGCUCUGCACUGUGCGAAGCCCGGCGGGACUGCUGUGACGUCAUGGCCAGCUGUAAAUGCGGCACUCACACCGGCCAGUACGACUGCGUCUGUGAGAGAGGCUAUUACGGGAAGGGCCUGCAGCACGAGUGCACAGCCUGCCCACCAGGUACGUACAAGCCUGAAGGCACACCAGGCGGUGUCAGCACCUGUCUCCCGUGUCCAGACAAGCACCAUACUUCUCAGCCAGGAAGCACCUCUGUCAAGGACUGUGUAUGCAAGGAUGGUCACAGGCCUGUUGGAAAGUCGUGUGAAGUGGUUCGCUGCCCUGAGAUUCACCCACCAGAAAACGGUUUCUUCAUCAAAAACGUUUGCAACAGCCACUUCAAUUCUGCCUGCGGAAUCCGCUGCAAGCCGGGCUUUGAUUUGGUUGGCAGCAGCAUUCGGUUGUGCCAGCCCAGUGGAAAAUGGUCAGGAACCGAUCCGAGUUGCAAAGUCCGGGCAUGUCCAAGGCUCAGUAAACUUAAACACGGGCACAUUAAAUGCUCAGCUCCUGAUGCCUCCUAUAGGACGACAUGUGAUGUGAGAUGUGAAGAGGGGUAUCGACUGGAGGGCAGUGCACGACUGACUUGCCAAGCCAGUGGUCGGUGGACCAGCCCAGUGCCACAGUGUGUUGAGAUCCACUGUCCACCCUUGCAGAAACCUAAAAAUGUGCUCCUGUUGCCCCCUACCUGUGGAGAUAAGGAAAUGAAGAUGGGAACUACAUGCCAGCUGAGCUGUCACCAUGGCUACAGUUUAUCAGGAGAGACAGAAGUGCAGUGUUUGACCUCAGGAAAAUGGAGCACAGAUGUUCACAGGGCCAUCUGUACAGAUAUUGAACCACCGCAAAUUAACUGCCCUAAGGAUAUUGUGGCUGAAACCAUGGAGCAUCACAGCUCAGCCAAUAUAAGCUGGAUUGUCCCCAACGCAAGAGAUAACUCAGGAGAAGAGGUAUCUAUUCAGGUGACCCCAGUGUUCAUUCCCCCUCUUCUGUUCCGUAUCGGCGAGGUCAGGAUUACUUACACAGCAGAAGACGGCUCUCACAAUAAGGCCUCGUGCUCUUUCAAUGUCAAGGUGAUUGACACGGAGCCCCCAGUCAUUGACCGGUGUCGUUCCCCGCCCCCGUUCCAUACCUCAGAGACAGAGAUGACUGCAGUCUGGGACGUGCCACAGUUCUCUGAUAAUUCUGGAGCUGCUGUAAUGAUAUCAAGCACUCAUUCUCCUGGAGACCUGUUUCCUAUCGGGGAGACAGUGGUUCAGUACACAGCUACUGAUCCAUCUGGCAACAACAGGACCUGUAAUAUACACAUCAUCAUUAGAGGAUCAUUUUGCGAGCAGCCCUUCCACCCUGUGAAUGGAGAAUUUACCUGCACAGAAGAUGAGCAUGGCGUGAACUGCACACUGUACUGCAAAGAGGGGUACAGUUUCACCCAUGAGCCCAUUCACAGCUACUAUUGUGCAAAUGAUGGGAUGUGGGAACCCCCUUACUCAGCAGAGUUCUCUGACUGUUCCUUGAAUCGCAUUGCGAACCAUGGCUACAAACCCUUCGAGAUGCUCUUUAAGGCAUCCAGAUGUGAUGACAUUAAUCUGCUCAAAGCAUUCUCUGGCGAAUUUUAUACUACACUUCAGGGUGAAGUUCCCUCAUUGUGCAGUGCUGAUAACGUGGUGUGCAAAUUGGAGACAAUCCCUCAAGGACAAUGCCUAGAAUACAACUAUGACUACGAAAAUGGAUUUGCCAUUGGUCCAGGUGGAUGGGGAAAUGGCUGGGGUUCACAGGGUGGCCUGGAUUAUGCCUACACUGACUCUGGCUUCCACAGUGACCAGUUUGCCUCCAAACAGCAAGGCGGGGCCUCACCAAAAAUGGUACCUUUCAGGAGGAAAAGGCAUCAGCAUCAAAUCCCUACAAGAGACCAGAAAAUACAAAUCAUUUUCAACAUAACAGCAAGUGUCCCCUUGCCCUCGGAGAGGAAUGACACAGCGGAAGCAGAAAACCAGAAGAGACUGCUCCAAACCCUGGAGAAAAUGACUAACCGGUUAAAAAGAACCUUAAGCAAGCAGCCCCUGUUCACCUUCCGCGUGGCUUCAGAGGUGAUUGUAGCUGACACUAAAUCUCUGGAGAGUCAGAAGGCGUCUUUGUUCUGUAGACCAGGCUCAGUGUUAAAAGGGCGUAUGUGUGUUCACUGCCCCGUCGGAACCUACUUCUCCCUGGAGUACAAUGCCUGUGAAAGCUGCUGGAUUGGGUCCUAUCAGGACGAGGAAGGCCAGGUGGAAUGUAAAAGCUGUCCAGCUGGGUUUUCCACAGUGUACAUGCACUCAAAGAGCGCUGCAGAAUGCAAAGCGCAGUGCAAACCAGGGAGCUUUUCCGCCAAUGGUCUAGAAACCUGCGAGUCCUGUCCCUUAGGGCAGUUCCAGCCAGCGUUUGGGUCAAAGUCAUGCGAGGUCUGUCCUAAAGACACGUCCACAGUGAACAGGGGAGCUGUGGAUGUGACUGAAUGCGGAGUGCCAUGCCCUGCAGGGCAGUUCUCUCGUACUGGGUUAAUGUCCUGCUACCGCUGCCCACGAGACUACUACCAGCCUGAAGCUGGACGCUCCUACUGUUUGUCCUGCCCAUUUUAUGGCACCACAACUAUCUCUGGAGCCACAGCCAUCAGUGACUGUUCAAGCUUUGGUUCCAGCUUCUUGCCAAAAGAAGAGAGUGUGGUGGUUUCAGUCUCUCCAGACAGCAUCAGAAACAGUUACCAAGCCAGCAGCCAGGUGUUUCACGAGUGUUUCCUCAAUCCGUGUCAAAACAGAGGGACAUGUGAAGAAGUGGGAGCCGGAUAUAUUUGCUUGUGUCCGUUGGGGUUUACAGGAUCCAAGUGCGAAAGUGACAUUGAUGAAUGUGACUCCGCUCCUUGCCAGAAUGGUGGGAUCUGUAAAGAUGGCAUGGGGGAAUUUUUCUGCCACUGCCAGCCUGGUUAUGUAGGAAUGCUGUGCGAAGCAGAAGUAAAUGAAUGCAGCUCCUCCCCAUGUGUCAAUGAUGGGGUUUGUGUUGAUGAGAUCAAUGAAUACUCUUGUAAUUGUGCCGAAGGAUUCACAGGAGUGCACUGUGAGCUGGAGAUUAACGAGUGCCUGUCCAAUCCCUGUGAGAACGGCGCUACCUGUGAGGACCUGGUUGGACUCUUUAGCUGCUCCUGCCUACCUGGCUUUUCAGGAGACCGAUGUGAAAUGAAUAUUAAUGAGUGUGCCAGCACACCCUGCCUAAAUGGGGGUACGUGCUCUGACGAUAUCAACAGUUUCAGAUGCCAGUGCCGUGCAGGCUACACAGGAAAGAUGUGUGAAAAGGAUGUAAAUGAAUGUGAUCCCAAUCCCUGUCUGAAUGGAGCCACCUGUGCCGAUGGUUUAGGAUCAUUUACGUGCAAGUGCCUUCCAGGGUUCAAUGGAACCAGGUGUGAGACAGAAAUGUCCUCACGAUUUAACUUGGACUUUGAGGUUUCUGGUAUCCAUGGCUAUGUCAUGAUGGACAAUAUAAUGCCUUCUCUAACUGAAAUUACAUGCGCAUUUUGGAUGAAAUCAUCUGACACCAUCAACUAUGGUACCCCAAUUUCUUAUGCUGUGGAAGAAGGAAAUGAUAACACCUUCUUAUUUACUGACUACAACGGGUGGGUGCUGUACGUCAAUGAGAAGGAGAGGAUUACUGACUGCCCUUCAGUGAAUGAUGGCAGAUGGCAUCACAUUGGUGUUUCCUGGAGAAGUGCAGAUGGCGACUGGAAAGUCUAUAUAGAUGGGAAUUUCUCAGAUGGAGGGAAAGGCUUGUCCACAGGCACCAUCAUCCCAGGUGGUGGUGUGCUAGUUCUGGGGCAGGAACAAGAUGAGAGGGGAGAGGGCUUCAAUCCUGUCGAGUCUUUCGUGGGAUCCCUGAGCCAGCUGAAUAUCUGGGAUUACGUUCUAACGCCACAGCAAAUCAAAGAACUGGCUAGCAGCUGCCCCGAGGAGCUGCGAAGGGGGAACUUGUUGGCUUGGUCGGAUUUUCUCACUGGGAUUGUGGGGAGAGUUAAAACAAUCCACAACAGUGUUUUUUGCGCCGACUGUCCUCCACUGGAGCACUCAGUCCCUCACUUGCGAGUCUCGAGCCCCUCCAUCACAGCGGGGUCCCAGGUGGAACUUUCCUGCGAUCCAGGAUACGUCCUGGUGGGAGAACGGGACCAGCAGUGCCUCAACAGAGGGGAGUGGAGCCACUCUCCACCGCAGUGUGAAAGAGUCAGCUGCGGCCCUCCUCCUCCCCUGGAGCACGGAUCCCACACAGGACAGGGCUUUCAGGCGGGAGACUCGGUGACGUACAAGUGCAACAUUGGUUUCUACCUGCUGGGCGACGCCAAGGUGCUGUGUGCCAACAGUGGCAGCUGGAGUGGCCACCCACCUGCUUGUCUUGAUGUUGACGAGUGUGCGCUGGGCUCAGACUGUGAUAAGCAUUCCGUCUGCCACAACACGGAUGGUUCUUACACAUGUACCUGCAUUCCACCCUACAGUGGUGAUGGCAGGAACUGUACAGAGCCUGUUCAGUGUAAAGACCCAGGUACCCCACAGUUUGGCCACAGAGAUGGAAAUGUCUAUAUGGUAGGUGGUGAAGUGGUUUUCUCUUGUGAGGAAGGAUAUGAGCUGAUUGGGUCAGCCAGGAUUUUGUGCUUAGAAUCUGGGACAUGGGAUCUUCCCGCUCCAUACUGUAAAGCUGUGUCCUGUGGAAGGCCAUCUGUACCAGAAAAUGCCAUCAUGGAGGGAAUCAACUUUACUUAUGGCAGCAAGGUGACUUUCAGCUGCAAAAAAGGAUUUGUUCUGGCGGAUGAAGCCGAGAUCUACUGCCAGGCUAACAUGAGCUGGAGUAAGACCCCUCCUUUAUGUCAGGCCAUCACCUGCGGGGAGCCGCCGCAUCUCGAGAAUGGGAACUUCACGCUCAAUGGAAGCAUGUAUCUGUCCACGGUGUCAUACAGGUGCACAGAGGGAUACAGAUUGCAGGGUUCUGCAGUCCUCACCUGCGAAAUGGCAGGAAACUGGACGGGACCUGCGCCAGUGUGUGAGAUGGUAUUCUGUGGUGAACCACCUCCAGUCAAAGAUGCCACCAUUAUCGGCAGUAACUACACAUUAGGGAGUAAGAUUUACUACACCUGCAAAGAAGGGUACACGCUGAUCGGCUUGGAGAGCAAAGAGUGUUUGCCCACCAGCGAGUGGAGCCAGAGCUCGCCCCAAUGCGUGCCGCGGUCCUGCGGCAACCCUCCGCCGAUUGACAACGCCUUCCCGGAAAGCGGGCACCAGCUGUAUGGAGACACAGCCAUCUACUUCUGCGCUGACGGCUACAGCCUAGCAGACAGCUCCGAGGUGGUCUGCAAUGCCCAAGGCCGGUGGACUCCCCCCGACAACAAGGAGCUUCCCCGCUGCAUUGCCGACUUCUGCCAAAGGCCACCUGACGUGCCUCACGCCAUCUUGGACUCUGUCAAUAAGCCCAAGUACGCCAGCGACUCUGUGGUCAGCUACAAGUGUGAGGAGGGUUUCAUGCUCAACACUACGGCCACCCUGAAGUGCGUCAGAGGCGGCCAGUGGACGCCUCCCCCCUUUGACAUUCAGUGCAUUCCGGUGCGUUGUUCAAGGCCGUCCAGCGUGGAGCGAGGCUAUGUCAGUGGGACCAACUACAGCUUUGGGGCAGUGGUGGCUUACAGCUGUGACAAGGGCUUUUACAUCAGGGGAGAGAAGAAGAGGACCUGCGAGGCGAACGGCGACUGGGGAGGAACCCUGCCGACCUGUCAACCAGUCUCUUGUGGAGAGCCCCCACAGUUGAAAAAUGGAUUCAUUAAGAGCAAAAGCAGUAUUGUGUUUGAAAGUCAAGUGACCUACGGCUGUGAUCCUGGCUACAAAUUGGUGGGAAGUCCAGUCCGUGUGUGUCAAGCCAAUCGACAGUGGUUCAGUGAAUCGGCGCCGUCCUGUGUCCUUCUGACCUGUGACCCUCCUCCCACCGUUGCACAUGGGCACUACGUUGGUACAAAUUUUGAAGUGGGAAGCAAGGUGGAAUACAUUUGUGAUGAAGGAUAUGAACUCUCUGAAGAUGCCAUCUGGACCUGCUUGAAGUAUGGCAAAUGGAGUAAAACUGAAGCCCCCGUGUGUACCGCGGUGCAGUGUCCAGAACCUCCGCUAGAAGAAAACCAUUUAGUUCUCAAAAACAUAGAUGCCGAAUCCGGGACCAUAGAGCUCUCUUGUGACGAUGGCUAUGUGUUGCAAGGCUCCCAUAUUCUGAGGUGUAUGCAUUCUAAAGAGUGGAACAGCACCUUCCCUCUCUGUAAACGGGUAUUUUGUGGAACACCACCAGAGGUGCUAUUUGGACAUCCCUCUUCUGCACCCUUCUAUUUUGGUAGCUCUGUUACAUAUGCGUGUAUGGAAGGCUUCACUCUGAGAAAGGAGUCCUCCGUUACCUGUCAAGCAGAUGGUACAUGGAGCAAACCCUCUCCAGAAUGCAUCCCUGUAGAAUGUCCACACCCCAGGGAGAUUCCAAAUGGUAUUGUGGAUGUACAGGGCCUAACGUACCUCAGCACAGCCUUUUACAACUGCAAGCCUGGCUAUCAUUUGGUUGGAAACUCUACAGUACUUUGUGGAGAAAGUGGGCUUUGGAUUGGAGCCAUACCCACAUGCAAACCUAUUGAAUGCCCUAAACCAAAAGAAAUAGCCAGUGGCAAGGUCUCUUACUCAAAGCUCCAGUACAACCAUGAGGUGGCCUACACAUGCAACAGAGGGUUCCGUCUUGAAGGUCCGGGAAUACUGACUUGUUUGGAGACAGGACAGUGGGAUGCAGAGACACCAGUCUGUAGAGAGAUUCACUGUGUUACUCCCCAGCCUAUUGAGAAUGGGUUUGUAGAAGGCAUUGAUCACAGAUUUGGCUCCACUAUCAUCUAUAGUUGCCUACCUGGUUUCCAACUUGCUGGCCAUGCUCUGCAGACAUGUGAAGAGUCAGGGUGGUCCAGUUCUACCCCUGUCUGCCUGCCAACUGACUGCGGUUUGCCACCUCACAUUGAUUUUGGAGAAUAUGUAAAGGUUCUGGACCCUAACAGAGAGCUGGAGAAGGAGGACAUGGAUGACCCAGGCUUGACCAUGUCAAAGCCACAAAAUGAACCAUCUUCUUCUUUGGAUUUAACAGAUCAUAUGGAUAUUGGUUUUCUGCAUGGCUCUACAGUUAUUUACACUUGCAACGCUGGUUAUGAACUAAUAGGAAAUGCAAUGCUGGUUUGCCAAGAAGAUGGAUUAUGGAACGGUACAGCCCCCGUCUGCCUUCUAGCAGAAUGUGAACCACCCCUUGAGCCUGAGCAUGGCUUUAUCAGUCUAUCUGACACCGCGCUUGGCAGUUUAGUGCAGUAUAGUUGUGACGAAGGUUAUGAACUUGAAGGGCAAACAGUUAGACAAUGUGUUUCUGGCAGGCAGUGGAGUGACACAGCCCCUACCUGUAAAGCUGUAUCCUGUGGAGAACCUGAAGGAAUUCCCAAUGGCUCAGUCAAAGGAGACACAUUCACUUUCACGAGUAUCAUUUAUUACGAGUGUGACACAGGAUUUCAGCUUGAGGGAAAUAAUACAAGCACUUGCCAGGCCAAUAAGCAAUGGUAUGGGAAGACACCACGUUGCUUACCUGUGUCUUGUGGCUCACCAUUGCUUCCUGACAAUGGAACCGUAGUUGGGAAUGAAUACACUUUUGGAAAACAAGUGAUAUACAGCUGUAACGCAGGCUUUGUCCUCGAAGGUGCAACACAUAGCUCAUGUCUGGCGAACGGAAGCUGGAGUCAUGCAACACCAGUAUGCAGGCAAGCUAUCUGCAUCAGACCGCCUGACAUCGCUAAUGGUGAAGUCUUGGGAUCUCAGUCUGGCUAUAAAAGUGAAGUGAGGUAUCGCUGUAGAGAGGGUUACAGCUUGCGUGGGAAAUCUCUGUUGAUUUGUCAGGGAAACGGGGUUUGGGAUUCUGAACCACCGCAUUGUGUACCCAUCACUUGUGACCCCCCAGAAGAUAUAAGCCACGGGUACUUGAAUGGAUCUAGUUUUAACUUUGGCGAAUUCGUUGAGUACGUCUGCUUCCCUGGGUAUGAAGUGCUGGGCAGCUCCAUCAUGCAGUGUUCCGCCAAUGGCUCCUGGACUGGUACAGUGCCGUCAUGUCAACCCUGUCUCUGUCAGCCGCCAACCAUUGAGAAUGGAGCUGCGCUUGGCAACGGCCAUGCCAGUGUCUGCGGGGAAGAAGUGCAGUUUCAGUGCGAAGAGGGCUUCAAGAUGCUGGGACCUUCUAAGGCUACUUGUGAAAGCGGUGGGGUCUGGAGCCCCGGUAUCCCAUACUGUGGAGAGAGUAAAUGCUCAUCCCCACCUUCAGUGCCUAAUGCCAUUAUUAAUGGAAGCAGCUCCAUCUAUCCGAAUGCCAUAACAUACAGAUGCAAACCUGGCUUUGAAAUGACCGGCCAAUCCCAUUUGAUCUGUAAGGACAGUGGUGUGUGGAGUGAGCCAUACCCAGCCUGUGAGCCGGUGUCUUGUGGACCACCCCCUUUCGUUUCAAAUGCAGACGUCAUUGGGAAGGAGUUCACAUUUGGAAAUACUAUUCAUUACAGAUGCCUGGAAGGAUUUGAACUUGAGACAAAAGCAAACAGCCUCAGCUGUUUGCAAGAUGGGACUUGGUCCACCCAUGUUAUAAGAUGUAAACAUAAGACUUGCCCUCUGCCAACAAAUCUUACAAAUAUUAUCAUCACGGGAACAGAUUUCACAACUAACAGCAGUAUUGGCCUUUCAUGUGUGGAAGGCUUCCAGUUGCUUAGAGGAAGUUAUUCUGUGUGCCAGCCUAAUGGCAGCUGGACCCCAGAUGUCUCCUCUGACUCCUGUAUACCUGUGGCUUGCAAGAGGCCCAAUCCCCCAAUGCACGGCAUUGUGAUGGGCACCAGGUACAACUACAGGGACAGUGUUGUCUACAGGUGCCAUCCUGGUUAUGAAUUGCAGGGUAAUCCGGAAAGCAUCUGUCAAGCUAACAAGUUGUGGAGUGGAACAGAACCUUUAUGUGUUAAAGUGUCUUGUGGUCAGCCAGCAGCAGUAGAGAAUGGACUUGUCCAGCUGAAGCACUUCUCAGGAGGGGAUGUGGCUGUGCACAGCUGUCAGCCAGGGUUCCAGCUGCAGGGACCCAGGGAAAGGAUCUGUGGAGCCAGUAAACAGUGGAGCCCAUCAGCUCCAGUGUGUGUGCGAGUGUCGUGUGGGACUCCUCCAACUGUAGAAAAUGCUGUAGCCAUGGCAACAGGAGAGACCUACCAAAGCAAUGUGAGCUUUGUGUGUAACUCUGGUUUUCAUCUGGUUGGUGUCCAAAACAUCACCUGUCUGGCCAACGGGACAUGGAGCAAUCCGACACCACAAUGCGAGGGUAUUAUUUGUGAAAGUCCAAGAGAACUACUUAAUGGGAAAGUCCAAUUUCGCAACCUGACCUCUGGCAUUGCGGUGCAGUUCCAGUGUGAUGAAGGCUUCAGGCUGGAAGGAGAGCCUCUAACAUACUGCUUAGGAAACGGCACCUGGAGCUCCCCGUUCCCAACAUGCACACGGAUAUCCUGUGGUUUGCCUCUACAUGUUCCCAAUGCCUUAGUGAGGGGCGCACACUUUCAAUAUGGAGACAUGGUGAUGUAUUCAUGUUUUGGCGGAUACAUAAUGAAGGGAUCCAGUAGAAGUGCUUGCCUUGAAAAUGGGACUUGGACCCCACCACCUGCAUGUGAAGCUGUCUGUUGGUCCCCAUGUGAAAACGGAGGUAUCUGCCAAAGGCCUAAUAUGUGUUUAUGUCCAGAAGGCUGGAUGGGUAGAUUAUGUGAAGAUCCAAUCUGCAUCCUGCCGUGUCUGAACGGAGGUCGAUGCAUCGCUCCCUAUCGGUGUGACUGUCCGGAUGGGUGGACAGGAACACGCUGCCAGAAUGCUGUCUGCCAGAAUCCUUGCUUAAACGGGGGCAAAUGCAUCAGGCCCAAUCGAUGUCACUGCCCUCCUGCCUGGACUGGAUAUGAUUGCUCCAGGAAAAGAAAAGCAGGAUAUUACCUUUUCUAAAAACAAAAUUCGUGGCCAGUCACAUUUUUUUCCAGAAUCAUAUUGUAUUCUUGCCGAGUUGCAUAUGGAACACAAUUUCAUAAAUGUAAACAACAAUUUUUAAUGUUUUUGAAUUGUAAAAUAAAGCUGUAUUUUUUCAUAUAGAAAAUAAAUAUACAGUAAUAAUUAUAUGCUGUUAUAUAAUUUGUAUUAUGUGUACUGUAAAAACAUUAUGUGUUAUGUAAGUCAAUGUAUAUGUGUAAACUAUUGUCACUUUUUUAAAAACUUAAUUUUCAAAUAAAUUUUCACCACUGUAGAAUUAAAAUAAUGCAAUCCAUUUCAUGCAUCUUACUAGAUGUGCUCAGUUCACUUUAUAGAGUUCCUUUGAUUGUCUAAAUGCAAAUCUGAAAGCUAACUUAACACAAAGCCACAAAGCAGCAAACAUUUUUAACACAAGUCACAGAAGACUUAAGGUCAUGUAGUGUAGAGUAAUACAGUGACUGUGGCAGUAGUUAAUUUAAUGGCUAACUCACUGAAACAUCUACUGUAUCCACCGUGUAGGCAUUUAAGAAAAAACCUCCGACCUAGAAUUACAAAAGAGACUGUUCAUUGUUCCUUAAAGGCUUUACUGGACACUUAGAGCAAAAACAAAAUUUGCAGAACCAAAUCUUUCAUCAUCUUCAGUACCUGUUUUUUUUUUGUUUGUUUCCUGCGGGCAGGUACAGGUGCUGUAUUUAUUUUACUGUAGCAACAGUUCAUACAAUACUGAGCAAGACUGACUUCAUAUUGUUCUUAAGUCUUUUUUUUUUACAUGGCAGAUCAAAACUAAACCCCAAUGUAGUUGAUCAGAAUGAGGAUUCCCUGCCAGCCUCAGGUCUCAGUGUCUCACACCAGUUAGGCCAGCCAUUCCCAAGGAUGGUAGGUCAUUGCUUACAGCCUUUUGGGUUUGACUCUAGUGUAAAAUACCUACAGUAAUAACAAAUUCGCCUGAAGCCUUAAUUUUAUAAUUUAGCAUACUAACACUUCAGUUCUCCUCAACAGCUUGAGUAAAGAAAACAACAUUUUAUUUCUACUAGUGAAACCUCCAGCGGCCUCUGUGUGGAUUCAAAUUAUGUUCAUUACAGCUGACAGCUUGUUGUAAAAACAAGAACAUCGUAGGUCUGAGAUUAUCUGUUCUGGGUACAAUUCUGACUGUGAUGGAGCAAAAUGGAAUUUCCUCUUUUUAAAAGGUAGAAUAUUUUCACGAUUGGGAUAAACAGAAACGAUCAGAAAGUUAAACUCCUUACAAACCAGUGUAAAAUAACAUCUUGAGAACAACUGACAACACAAAAACCGAAGAAGAGGUACUGAAUAAAUUGAAAUUGUUUAUGAUUCAAUCAUUUUGCUACCUGGCAAGUAUAGAAGCAUUAAUACUAAAAUGGUAGUAUGGUACCAUUUCACAGUUACAAGAGUCACUCAUCUCAAAUACCUUUCAAAAGUAAUUUGCAAACAGAAACCUAUGCUUCGGUAAUGGUAACAGCAGCAAUACAGCUUCUUUAAAGAAAAACUGCUAAGUGGGUCUGGUUAAAACAAUGCAAUUCGUUCAAAUCUAUCGGAACACUGAAGUAGGGAGACCAAAUUAGUGGUUUCAUUGCUGCUGAAUUGAACCACAACUUAAUACCAAAAUGAAGGGUUUACAUCAGUGGUAUGGUAAAAGUCACCCUGCUGGUUUUGGUUUCCCUUGUAAUGUAGUCACUUAACCUGACCAAGGCUACAGAAAGUACACUGCAGGAAAAGAUGUGGCAGCAAUAGUAAUUCUAAUAAGCAAGUCCCAAGAAGACACAGUAAAUCGCUCCUACUCGGUU